AUGGUCAAGGAAAGGGACAAGGUUUUGGCGAUGGCGCUUGGCCUGGAUCCAUCAGGGACUAGCAUCUCCCCGAUUAAAGGUGGAUCUGAGUUUGCAUCCCUUCUACGGGUUCAAUCUGGGGGAAAGCAAUUUUUUGUUAAGGCGGGCGCUGGGAAGAGUUCAAAGACUAUGCUUGAAGCCGUUCCAGAGCUUUGUCCCCGGCCAAUUGCCCAUGGAGACUUGCAGGAUGGGGAUUAUUUUCUCGCUACGGAGUUUCUUCAGCUCCAUGGCAGCAGCUUUUCACGACAGCAGAGCGGUAGCCGUGAGAAUACGCUCGCUCUCAAGCUCGGGAAGCUACAUUCGCAGCCAGCGCCAUCUGACGGUAGAUACGGGUUCCCAGUAACGACUUGCUGUGGAAGUACACCCCAAGACAAUUCGUACGAAGACACAUGGUCUUCAUUCUUCGUAAAUCGUCGCCUGCUACCUAUACUCAAUGCUUGCAUCGAGUCCAACGGCUCGCAGCCAGAACUUGCGGACCACGUCAACCGAAUGAUACCGAUUGCCAAGUACUUACUUUCUCGUUUAUCACCACCCUCGUCUCAGCCCGUCAUCAUCCACGGUGAUCUCUGGUCCGGCAACCAAUGUAACGGCUCAAUUCCUCCACGAAUCCCGAACCCCACCCCUGUAGUUUUUGACCCGUCUAGCUGCUAUGCACCAGCAGAGUACGAUCACGGUAUUAUGACUAUGUUCGGAGGAUUUGAUAGAAACUUUUGGGAAGAAUACGAAGCAGUAGUGCCCAGAGGCGAGCCCGCCGGCGAAUAUGAGGAUCGAGUUAGUUUAUAUCGUUUGUACCAUACUUUAAAUCAUUUUGCACUGUUCGGAGGGAGUUACAAAAGCAGUGCGAUUGGGAUAAUGAGAGAACUCCAGAGGAAGUAUAGAGAUAGAAUUGAUGGCACUUGGUUCGAUCUAGAACCUAAUACGGCCCAACGGCCACGGUUCCAAUCUCAUGGAUUUGUUGCCAUCUUGGCCGGUUAG